AUGGCUGGGGAAAUCACCAGCUCUAGUCUGUCCAAUGGGUCUGGAGUGAAAGCUUCUUCCGAGGAGAAGAUGGAGGAGAGAGGCCAAUGGAGCAACAAGAUCGAGUUUAUUCUGUCUGUGGCUGGAUCCAUCAUCGGUUUGGGAAACAUGUGGCGCUUCCCGUACCUUUGCUACAAAAACGGAGGAGGGGCUUUCCUCAUCCCUUACCUGAUCUUCCUGUUCACGUGUGGGGUCCCAGUCUUCUUCCUGGAGGUAGCUCUGGGCCAGUUCACGAGCCAGGGAGGCAUCACCUGCUGGAGGAAAAUCAGCCCUCUGUUUGAAGGUCUGGGUUACGGCACGCAGAUCAUCGUGACUCUGCUGAACUUCUACUACAUCAUUGUUUUGGCUUGGGGCAUUUUUUACCUGUAUUUCUCCUUCUCCUGGGACUUACCCUGGUCAUCAUGCAACAAUACAUGGAACACAGCAAACUGUGUGGAGUUCCAGAGAAGAAACACGUCGGUCAAUGCAACAUUCAACAUAAAUGCCACAUCUCCAGUCAUUGAGUUUUGGGAGAGGAGAGCUCUGAGGAUUUCCCCGGGCCUCGACCACAUGGGAUCUCUGAACUGGGACCUGGCUCUGUGCCUUUUCAUCGCCUGGAUCAUGUGCUACUUCUGCAUCUGGAAAGGGGUCAAAUCCACAGGAAAAGUGGUCUACUUCACUGCCACAUUCCCGUAUCUGAUGCUGAUCGUGUUGUUGAUCAGAGGGCUCACUCUGCCAGGAGCUGCCAUUGGGAUCAAGUUCUAUCUCUAUCCAGAUUUGGGGCGACUGGCCGACCCCCAGGUGUGGAUGGACGCUGGCACUCAGAUCUUUUUCUCUUAUGCCAUUUGUUUGGGAUCACUGACUGCACUGGGCAGUUACAACAAAUACAACAAUAAUUGUUACAGAGACUGUCUGUCAUUGUGCUUUCUGAACAGUGGAACUAGUUUCAUGGCAGGUUUUGCCAUUUUUUCAAUCUUGGGUUUUAUGGCCUAUGAACAAAACGUGCCCAUUUCAGAAGUGGCAGAGUCCGGUCCAGGCCUGGCUUUCAUAGCUUAUCCUCGAGCUGUGACCAUGAUGCCUUUCUCUCCGCUGUGGGCCACUCUCUUCUUCGUUAUGAUUGUGUUUCUUGGACUGGACAGUCAGUUUGUGUGUGUGGAGAGCCUGGUGACCGCCGUUGUUGACAUGUAUCCAGCCGUGUUUCGCCGCAAAAAUCGCAGAGAAAUUUUCUUGGUUUUUGUGUCACUGAUCUCGUUCUUCAUGGGGCUCGUUAUGUUGAUGGAGGGCGGCAUGUAUGUGUUCCAGCUCUUUGAUUACUAUGCAGCCAGUGGGAUGUGCCUCCUCUUCAUGUCCAUCUUUGAGACUGUGUGCAUUGCUUGGGCCUAUGGGGCUGAUCGCUUUUAUGACAACAUUGAAGACAUGAUUGGAUACCGCCCUGGGCCUUACAUCAAGUACUGCUGGCUGUUUUUUACUCCUGCCACGUGCAUUGGUACCUUUGCCUUCUCUCUGAUCAAAUACACGCCCCUAAAGUACAAUAAUGAGUAUGUUUACCCGUGGUGGGGCUACAUGAUUGGCUGGCUGCUGGCGCUGUCCUCCAUGAUCUGCAUCCCUCUGUGGAUGCUCUAUAAGCUUAGCACCACACAGGGCACGUUCAGAGAGAGGGUCCAACUGCUCAUCACGCCGUCUGAUGACUUGCCCAAAACCAAGAGGGAACAGGAGAGGUUACUGGUUAUUUUUGCUCCUGGCGAUGUUGUGGCUAAGAAUGGAUACCUCCCAGUUUCAGAGGGAGACUCCAGCUUAUAA